AUUACAUUGGCAGUCAAUAUUUUCUGUAUCAAAUUCUGCUGUACUGAAUGCAGUCUGUGUUGGAGUAAGUUGUGCGGUUACUCAUGGAUCCUAUCAAACUAAGAUUUUAUGUGGAGAAGUACGCCAAGGAGAACCGAGAAACCAAAUUGGUGGAAACUUUUUACGCCACACCCAAGAACAGGUCAAUUACUGGAAAAUUUUAUGCAAAACAUGAAGCAAUUACAUCAAUGAAUGCUCCGCAAGAAUAUAUCGAUCUUAUAGCAAAGUCCGUGAGCUAUGUGCCGAAGGACAUUUAUAAAUAUCGACCACCUGCUGUUAACAUGGACUACGGUUGGUUCACAGAGCCAUUGAUACCAAGAUCUAAAGAUCCACGACUAUAUUUUCCUGCCAAGCAGUGUGACUUCAUAAAGAAUGAAUUACUGAUAAGACAUCAGAAUAAAGGUGUUCCGGAGGAGAAAUUCAAGGGUGUUCCAUUUAAAACUUGAUACAAUAUAAGGGUAUUUUUAUUAUUCUUGCGUGUAAACACGCCUUCUGAAAUACAUUAUAUUAAUUUAUUUCUACGGUCUAUCGCGGUUUAAUUACGGGUUACUGUUAUG